UUAGAGCAGUUUGGAGUGUUUGUUGACAUGCAUUCUUUCCAAGACGAAUGUUUUAUUUAUUUCCACUGGUUUAAUUGGACAUGUCUUAUUUCUUUCCGCUGUGGCUACAGGAUUUGUUCACCAGUUUUGAGGUCCGACUCUGAAGAGCUUAUCUCACAACUCAUGUUCCGUAUGGAGGUUCAGACUGAAGUAAAGGGAAAAGCUAACAGACCGCUAAUGAUCGGCGUGUACGAGCGUUGCGCGUCCUCGCUGUGUCUUGCUCUGGUAGCCAGCCAGCUCCCCCAUUCACAUGUAAAUGAGCCGUCAUAUAUACCUAGUAAAUGCCCCCUCCAAGCAGCACUAGGAGCCCAGUCUGUCUGCAAGCUUUGUUAGCCGCUGGGAUCGCCCGGCCAUCUGUCCCAUUGACAAGCUGUAACGGCUCUUUGGAUCACACACCAACCUCCAGUCCAGUUGGCUUCUGGCAGCGGCUGGGUUAAACUUCAACAACAUGGCCCCCAUCCGUAACAACACAAACGGAAUGGACAGAGGUGAUAACUGCAGUGGAGUCAAAUCUGACAGAAAGAUGAGGAAACCUCUGGUCGAGAAGAAAAGAAGGGCUCGCAUCAAUGAAAGUUUGCAAGAACUCAGGCUUCUCGUCGCAGACGCGGACUUACAGUCAAAGAUGGAGAAUGCCGAAGUGUUGGAGAUGACAGUGAAACGUGUGGAGAGCAUCUUGCAAAACCGGGCUCAAGAAGUGGACGCCGUGAACCGGGAGGCGUGUGAGCGGUUUGCUGCAGGUUACAUCCAGUGUAUGCACGACGUCCACACUUUUGUGUCCACCUGUCCGGGAAUUGACCCAACAGUUGCCGCGGAGCUGUUGAACCACCUCCUGGAGAGCAUGCCGCUGAACGACGAGGACCGUCUGCGUGUGAUGUUGCCGGGCACGGUGGCAGAGUACCCCGGCGGUAACAGCACUUGGUCCCUGUCCGAGAGCAUGUACACGGCUCUGGUGUCCCCAGCACCCUCCACCACCUCCACCGAUGACCUCUGCUCUGACCUAGAUGAGACAGACUCAGAGCAAAGUAAUGUUUCUUCUUCAGAGGAGGCUGACGGCCAGGAUGUAUUGAGCUUGCCUUCCUUAACUUACUCCAAGUCGGUGUGGAGACCAUGGUAGACGAUUUUACGAAAAGAAUGGCGUGUUUUAAUCUACAGUAGAUGAUUUAAUGCAUUGUGUUAGGAUGUUUAGGCCUCAGUACGUGACAGAAACACUGCUGAGAUGACAACUUUGAAACUUGUUGAAAGGCAUUGGACAAGCUCUUGUGUAGUUAUUGGGGAACUACAAUUAAACUAAAAUGUAUUUAAUAAAUAAAGUAUGUAAUUAAAUCUGUUUUGCCGAGGUCAGACGCCUGUAGGGUCUUCAUUUGGAUUUGGCUUUAUAUGGGCCUGAAGGAGUAAAUGCAUAUGUAAAUAUUUACUUGUUGAAUAUGACCAGACUGUAUAGAAGGCAGUUGUCCCAUUAGAAAUACACUGUUAGUUGUGUGUAAAUUAUUAUUUUUUUAUUUAGGGUUUCUUUAACUUUGUAUUUAUAUGUGUUAAAUGACUGUUAGUAGACUACCUCACCUGAUAAGCUUCAAUAAAUACAUUUUUGGAAAAUGACUUAUUUUAAA